UCCGGGCUGAAAGCUUGGGGCUGUAUCUCUAGCUGAGCUGGGGGUCCUAUCUCCUGAACUCACGAAAGACAGCCCUGCUGGCGCUCUGCAGACGUGGCUGACUAGUUCAGGGCCCGCUGUCACCCACCCGGAUCGUCCACCACCAACGUCCCCGGAUGCAGUGCAGCCUGUUCCUGCCCUUUCAGCAUUAACCCCCUAAGGACCUCAAAUCCCCGCUGUGCCUUAGGCAGCAACACCGAAAAACCCAGGCGGCCACGUGCUGCGCCGCCACUGCGCGGGAUGUGCGAGGAUGGCUUCGCGAGGUCAACGCUAAGGGAGUCCACCCCACCCGCGGAAACCGUCACGCGGGACGCGAUCGUUGAGUGCCUUGCAAAAGAAACACUUAAAGUACCAAGAGAGCUUGUUCCUAUGAAGCACUGAAGGCAUAAGGAAUGCUGUUGUAAAAAAUUAAUAAUAUGAUGAGGGGUUGCCACAUCUGCAAACUUCCGGGAAGAGUCAUGGGGAUUCGAGUGCUCCGGUUCUCCCUGGUGGUCAUCCUUGUGUUGCUGCUGGUAGCAGGGGCUUUGACCAACUUACUCCCCAACAUCAAAGAAGACAAGAUGCUGACUCUUCGUAGGGAAAUCAAAUCCCCGAGCAAGUCGGCCCUGGAUUCCUUCACUCUCAUCAUGCAGACGUACAACAGAACAGACCUCUUACUAAGACUCUUAAAUCAUUACCAGGCAGUACCAAAUCUGCACAAAGUGAUUGUGGUGUGGAACAAUGUGGGCGAGAAGGGGCCGGAGGAAUUGUGGAAUUCUCUAGGGCCUCACCCCAUCCCUGUCAUCUUCAAACCACAAACAGCAAACAAAAUGAGAAAUCGACUCCAGGUCUUCCCUGAAGUGGAGACCAACGCGGUGUUAAUGGUAGACGAUGACACUCUCAUUAGUGCCCAGGACCUUGUUUUCGCUUUCUCAAUUUGGCAGCAAUUUCCUGAUCAGAUAGUAGGAUUUGUACCUAGAAAACACGUCUCUACUUCUUCCGGUAUCUACAGUUACGGAGGCUUUGAGCUGCAGACACCUGGGCUCGGAAAUGGCGACCAGUACUCCAUGGUGCUCAUUGGAGCCUCCUUCUUCAACAGCAAAUACCUGGAACUCUUCCAGAAGCAGCCUGCAGCCGUCCACGCGCUGAUCGACGAGACUCAGAACUGUGAUGACAUCGCUAUGAAUUUCAUCGUCACCAGGCACACUGGCAAGUCUUCAGGGAUAUUCGUGAAACCUAUAAACAUGGUGAAUUUGGAGAAAGAAACCAACGGGUAUUCUGGAAUGUGGCAUCGGGCAGAGCACUUUCUGCAGAGAUCCUACUGUAUAAAUAAGCUUGUUAAUAUCUACGACGGCAUGCCCUUAAAGUACUCCAACAUUAUGAUUUCCCAGUUUGGUUUUCCGUAUGCCAACCAUAAAAGUAAAAUGUGAACUGGAAGCAAAGACAAACCCAAAACACUGCUGGGAUUUUAGUGGCUUCUCCAUGCUGUAUGUUUUUGGUUUUGUUUCAAGCAACACCAUGAACUUUUAUCUAGUUCACAAGUCUCUAUAGUAGGAAAAAAAAAACAUAUGCAGUACUUCUAGAAUAUAAAACACAUGGACUUCGAAAGCCAAGAAGCUGGCCUUACCCAGAUAGGAGUUCUUGUGAAGCGCUUUUGUCCAAGGUUGUAACUCCUUGGUGGUGAUAUUAUUGUUUACUUCUUGAGACUGCUCUCCAGUAUGUUUGAGCCCUGGAGUUUGCCUUAAGGACCUACAACAAGCUGCUUCCAGAGACUCAAAAGAGACAAUUUUCAGCUUUUCAGUGAAAAUUGAAAGGUUGGUUGUUUUUAUUUGAAGCCUGAAAUGCCUGCGGUAUAGGGAAAAGCCAUGUGCAAAGAGUUGGGUCUGAACCCCAUGUUGCUGAUGUCCUUUCUGGCCCUUGUAAGCAGAACUGACUGAGCCCAGCAUGGUUUUGCUGAAGCUGUCAGUGCUGGUGUUUUUGCUGUUAUGCCUGUUGUGACUGGGAGUGUAAGUUUUUGUGGCUGACUAUUGUUUAAUUUUUUUUUUUUUUGUGAGCCUACUCUGCAUGGAUCACUAAAAUGUGCCAGCCAUGUUUCUUAUAUGCAACCUAUAUGCAACAAGGAGUCAGUGUGUUCCUGUAAUCUGUCACCAUGUGUGACCUUGAGGAUCUACAUUAGUUCUUAUAUUUUACAGAAUGUGUUGAAUAAAUAUGUAUAAAAUAACUUCUGAAAGAAUGGUUAAGUAGAAGCUAGCAGAAAUUAAAAACCUUAGUGUCAAAGAUCUUUAUUAUUAAAGCAUAGGCUAUCUUGUGAGUAUUUAAUAACUGAUUACACAAAAAUGUUUCCAUCCAGAACUCAGGAUUUUGCUAGGAUUUUUUUUUUAAGUCCCCAGGCACUAUUCAUCAGGAUGAAAUUUCAAUUACAUAGUUGUAGGAGAAAAAAAAAAGAAGGAGCCAUCAUGCGAGAAGGCUGUGGGAUGCCCUCAGGAGUUCACUCUUCCUACUACUCACUCCUCGAUAUGGGAGCCAGUGUUUGCAUCCUGCCUGGUGUCCUUUAGUUUGACCUUGUUCACCACUACUGAGAAGGAAUACUCUAUCAGGCCUCCGUGUAUCACUUUUCUUCUUCUCUUCAUAUGAGGCCUAAACAUUCUCAAAGGUGUGAAAAUAGGAGAAUAUUGACAACUGAAGUUCCACUGCAAGAUCUUCCCGCCGUCAGUUCAGUGUCUGUUUGUCUAACAAUGGAGUGUCUAUGUGUGUGUCAUAAUGCAAUCAGAAAUAUAUUUCAUUUGAUCCCAUUAAAAGUCAUGUCAGUUAUCUGCUUUCUCCAAAUCUGGUAAUAGAUUUUUGCCUCUUGGUCAUCCACUGUCAAACAAAUAAACGUCAACUGUCCACUGUGUUAGUAGCUGA